GUCUUUGGGUAGACAUGUUAGGGACAAGGUGAGCGUCUCGCGCCUGGAACGGAAAGUGCGGCCGCAUCCCUGGCUGCUUUUAACGCCCACCUAACAGCGCUACGUCAUCCCCCAAUCAACCCUCCGCCAGCGCCUACCGUUCGGCCCCCUUCCCGACCAUACAACUCUCACCUCAAUUAACGAAGCGCCAGCCAACCAUCUUUCUUCGGCCACCUACACUUCAAACCAAGUUUUGAUGGGUGACUUUCCUUGGACACAGCCAUCUGAGUGAAGCGAAAGGACGAACAUACAAGAAUUGAUACACAGACACGCGGAAACAACAUGGCUAAAUUAACGAGUUUUAUCUUUUCUGCCUUUCGUCUUCGGACUGUAGAAGUUGAGACAAUUACGAGAACGAUAAAUACAACAGCCGAUCGCCAUGCGCCUCCAUAGCGGUAAUCGUCCGACGACGAAGUUGAUUACUCUCUUCACAAUCCUUACCCUCAACCAUACAUUCCUAGUCCACGCUACACCACAGCCCUCCAGGAACCACCUCCUCGUUGAAGCCCGCCAUCCCGAACUGAAUCCAAACUUGCAACCCAAACCCACACCUCCCGCCGAACUCCAACACGCCAAAGAGCCCAUCACUAUCUCAACCAUAACCAUCACCGCAACCCCCAGCGGCACACCCGCCGUCUCCGCCCCCUCCUUUGUUGACCGGCACCUCUUCACCUCCGCCCUCCUCAACUCAACCAAUUUCUACCGUUCCCAACACAACGCCUCUUCCGUCGUCUACAACUCCACCCUUGCUUCUUUCGCCUCUUCCUACUUCGAUAAACUUGGCCUCCCCGCAAAUCCCCCUUCCUCCUCCAAAUCCAGCCCCAGCAAAUCCACCAACUGCGAACUAAAACACUCCCAAGGCCCCUACGGCGAAAACCUCGCUCUGGGGUGUUCAGACGUCCAAUCCUGCGUGGAAAUGUGGGGCAACGAACGAGCCAAAUAUGAUUUCGGGGCAGCGAAAUUUGGAGAAGAUACAGGACAUUUUACGCAGUUGGUGUGGAAGAAUACCACCGAUGUAGGGUGCGCGGCGAGGUGGUGCCAGAGUUGGAAUGGGGGGGGAGGGGGGUGGUAUUUGGUUUGUGAGUAUUGGCCGAGGGGAAAUGUGGUGGGGGAGUUUGGGAGUAUGGUUGAGAGGAAAGUGAAUGGGGGAGGGAGGGUGAAGCCGAUGGGGUGGAUGGGGUGGCAGGUGGUGAUGGUGACGGUGGUGGUGGGAGGGUGGUUGAUUUUUGGAUGA